AUGGCGACAAUUGCGAUGCAGAAACGGAUGAACUUGGAGAUGAAUUCUUUGCAAAUGAUUAUGGAGCGGAAGAGGUUGGAUGACCUCGACGAGGCGCUCAAACAAGCAGACGAGCAGAUCAAAACGUUUCGCAUGUCCACCAAGAAAACCGCGGUCGAUUUGUUGAAUCAGCAUCGCUUUACAGCACAGCCGGCUAAAGCUCGAACAGAUGGCAUCGACCCCUCAAAGCUAGCGGAAACUUCUCGGAAGAAGCUGAUAUCGUCCUUUGAACAUCGGCUCAACAAUAUGCGAAUCCGGCUUUCUCAGACGGAGAAUCAUAACGAGAAGCUCAAGUCCCAGAUUGAUUCUUUGCGGAGGCACAGAAUGACCUCGAAUAAGUCUCGUGAGAAAAUAGAAAAAUCUAUAAAAGAGAUAAAACGCCUUGUAGAGGGUGUGCUCGAACGCAGUCGUGGUGUUUCAGAGGCGCGGGAGAAUGUAAUCGAACAACUACAUGAGUUGCAUCGACAACAAAACGAGGAUAGAGAUAGAUUUUCUGAGCAGAUGAAAGCAUUAGCUGAAUUCAUCGACAAGCAGAAUCGGGAGUUCGAAGAAUCCAUGGCAGCAGCCGCCGUUUCAACAACACGGGGGGGGGCGGACGAGGAGCCCUUGACGCGUGGACUCAUGACUAUUGAAGAGGAAAAAAUGAAAACAGAGCUUGUCGAGGAGCUAACCAAGCAGAUAGAAAACGAAAAAAUUUCAAUGCAACAUACAGAGGCGAAGAUCGCCCUGUACCGGACUUCUUUUGACGAACUCAAGCGAGUAAGUGGAAUUGAUGAUUUGAAAGAGAUUGUUCACAAGUAUGUCAAGUCAGAAGAGGAAACCUUCUCCCUUUUCAAUUAUGUUCAAGCCCAAAACCAAGAGACCGAUUGGACUCUCGAGCGUCAUACGCGCCUUGAGGAAGAGAUUAAGUCAUAUGAGGAGAAAUUAAGUGAUGAAGAGGCCCAGCGCGCUGAGGCCAUGGCUGAUCUCCAAGGCAAAUGGCGAAACGCGAAGGAAGCUACAGACGAGUGCAGUCACGCGGCCCAAGAAGCACAGCGCACACUGGAGCGUAUCGCCAAAAAGGUCCAAUCUCUAUUCUUCAAAAUCCAAUGUGAUCAGCUGACAACAGGAGCUCGCGAGACUAAGGGCACUAAAGGAGCUGCUCAGAAAGCCAAUAUUGGUCGUCCUGACAGUCGCCUUGCAUUGCUAUCUGGCCAGGGUGUUACCGAGUCGAAUAUUCUCGCGUAUGCCGAGCUCAUCGAGCAACGCGCUCUUGAGAUCAUGUCAGACUACACACGUCGUAUGAACCACCAAGAGCAACGUCACAUGACGCCUGUACUUGAUCCGAGUCGCAGCAUUAGUAUUGUUAAUCAACAGGACCAGAUAAAAGCCCCUGACAUCGAUGCCGAUGAUGAGGAAGAUAAUGAAGACGACGGUCGCCCAAUUGCCCUCGAAGAGAUGCGUCGUCGAACUGCAGAGAGGAUAUCAAAAAAGCACCAGGCUAUGCGCCUUGGCGUGAAACGACGAGACCACCAGGCUCAGAACAAAGGCUCGUCUACUGCAAGAGCCACCAAGCAAAAUUAA